AUGAUCUUCCAAUACUUUGAAUUGGACUUUGUGGUACAAGUGGUUCUGGUAUAUAAUUUAUUUACAUUUUUACCACUUGUUUUAUUUGAACAAUUUAAAUUUUUUUUUAAUUUAUAUUUUUUAAUUGUUGCACUUUCACAAAUAAUUCCACAAUUACAAGUUGGUUUUUUAUUUACCUAUGUUGCUCCUUUAGUUUUUGUUUUAUCUGUUACUUUAUUAAAAGAAUUAUAUGAUGAUUUAAAAAGAUAUAAAAGAGAUUUAGAAUCAAAUUCACAAUUAUAUAAUAAAUCAGGUGCAUCUUUUAUUAGAACAGAUCAAUUAGAUGGUGAAACUGAUCAAAAAUUAAGACAUGCUAUUCCAACUACUCAAAAAUUACAUUUAAAUCAAUUAAGAAAAAUUAUUGCUAAUUUAUAUAUUGAAAAACCUAAAAAGGAUAUUUAUGAUUUUUUAGGUAAUUUUACUUGUUAUGAUAUUGAUGGUAAUGUUAAAAUUGUUGAAAGUUUAUCUUUAGAAAAUACUUUAUGGGCAAAUACUGUUGUUGCUACUGGUACUAUUAUAGCUUUAGUUAUUUAUACAGGUAGAGAAACAAGAAGUUCAUUAAAUGCAAGUCAACCUAGAUCCAAAGUAGGAAAAUUAGAUCAAGAAUUAAAUACAAUUUCUAAAUUUUUAUUUAUAUUAAUGGUAAUAAUAAGUAUAUUUAUGGUAGCAUUAAAACAAUUUCAAGGAUUAUGGUAUAUUACUAUAUUUAGAUUUAUAUUACUAUUUUCAUCAAUUAUACCAAUUAGUUUAAGAGUUAAUUUAGAUAUGGGUAAAACAGUUUAUUCAUUUUUUAUUAUGAAAGAUAAAAAAAUACCUGGUAAUAUAUCAUAUAAUGAAGAUGGAUUUGAACAAGUUAAAGAACAUGUAACAAAUUGUUAUAUAAAUAAUUCUAAUAAUUCAAAUGAUAAUCAAAUUAAAGAAUUUAUUAAAGCACUUGCAUUAUGUCAUAAUGUUACACCUAUCAUACAAUCUAAUAAUAAUAUGAAUAAUAUGAAUAAUAAAAGAGAAUAUCAAGGAUCAUCACCUGAUGAAAUAGCACUUGUUAAAUUUGCAGAACAAAGUGGAUUAAUAUUAGAAAAUAGAACAUUAACACAAAUGACAUUACGUAAUCCAAAUAAUGAAUUUGAAAAUUAUGAAAUUUUAAAUAUAUUUCCAUUUACAAGUUCAUCUAAACGUAUGGAAAUAAUAUAUUAUUGUAAAGGAGCAGAUUCAAUAAUGAAAAAAUUAAUAAAAACAUCACAAUUAGAAUGGUUAGAUGAAGAAGCAGAUAAUAUGGCAAGAGAAGGAUUACGUACACUUGUAUUUGGAUAUAAAAAAUUAAGUAAAAUAGAAUAUUUAGAAUUUAUAAAUGAAUAUAAAAAAGCAACAUCAUUAAUUAAUGAUAGAAUUAUAGAAAUUGAUAGAAUUAAAAAUAAAUAUUUAGAUUCAGGUGAUUUAAAUAUAAUAGGAAUAUCAGGAGUUGAAGAUUUAUUACAAGAAAAUGUACAACAAUCUUUAGAACAAUUAAGAAAUGCUGGAAUUAAAAUUUGGAUGUUAACUGGUGAUAAAGUUGAAACUGCUAUUUGUAUUAAUGGAGAUACAUUACAAAUAGCAUUAGAUAAAUUAGGAGAUAAAUUUAUAAAAAUAGCAUGUAAAGCAACAUCAGUUAUUUGUUGUAGAUGUUCACCAACACAAAAAGCUCAAGUAGUUUCACUUGUUAAAAAAUUAACUAGAAAACAAACAGCAGCAAUAGGAGAUGGUGGUAAUGAUGUAUCAAUGAUAUUAAAUGCUAAUGUUGGUAUUGGUAUUGUUGGUAAAGAAGGUAAACAUGCUUCAUUAGCUGCUGAUUUUUCAAUUAAUCAAUUUUCAUAUUGUACUGAUUUAAUUUUAUGGCAUGGUAGAAAUUCUUAUAAGAGAUCAGCUGCUUUAUCUCAAUUUAUUAUACAUAGAGGUUUAAUUAUAUCUGUUAUACAAGCUAUAUUUAGUUCAAUGUUUUAUUUUUCUACUAUUGCUAUUUUUACUGGAUGGCUACUUGUUGGAUAUGCAACAUAUUAUACUAAUUUUUCAGUAUUUUCAUUAAUUUUAGACGAAGAUGUUAAAAGAAGUACAGUUUAUUUAUUUCCAGAAUUAUAUAAAGAAUUACAAAAAGGAAGAGUUUUAUCAUUUAAAACAUUUUUAAUUUGGUGUUUAAAAGCAACCUAUCAAGGUGGUAUUAUAAUGAUAUUAGCAAUAUUUUUAUUUGAAAAUAAUUUUUUAAGAAUUCAAACAAUUUCAUUUACUGCUUUAAUUUUAACAGAAGUUGUAAUGGUUUCUAUUGAAGUACAUCGUAAAUUUAAUCCUUUAAUUAUUUUAUCUGAAAUUUUAUCAAUUUCUAUUUAUAUUGGUUCAAUGUUUUUAUUACCUUCCUACUUUGAUUUACCUUUUAUUAUGACUUUUGAUUUUUGGUGGAAAUCUAUUGUCAUUACCAUUGCUUCAACUUCUGUUGUUGCCAUUUUCAAGAUUAUUUAUUCAAGAAUUAAUCCACCUGUUUGGUCAAAAUUGAAUUAAUUAUUUAUUUAAUAUUUUUUAUAAUUUUACAAUAAAAUUUUAUCUUCUAUUAUUUCCAUAUUGUUGUUGCUGAUGUUGCUGAUGAUGAGAAGAAGAAGAAGCAGUACGUGAUGAAUUAUUAGCAACC